AUGCUCAAACGUUUAGCAUCACUUCUACGCAAUUAUCGACAGAACGUAUCAGAAAUCGACCAUCAACUCUCUAGUACCGAUAGCGAGGAUGACGAUGAAAUAGGAAGCUCAACAACUAUCGAAGAAACUCGACGGUCUCCACCUAUAAUCACUUGGAAACUUGUGCAACCAGUAAGUCAAAUACAACAUGCGUUAUCGGACUCCCCAUUUGCCAAUCUUCCAAUUGAAAUUCUCAUUCAAAUAUUUCGAUUGCUCUCUGUUCAUGAUUUGGGAAACAUUUCAUUGGUUUGCUGUUAUUUCAAAGUAAUCGCUGACCAAGAUGACAUUUGGAGAUCGAAAUGCAAUCCAUUGAACGAAAUACAGUCGAAAUCUUUCAAACAAAUCUACAUGAAUUGGAUCUAUGGGAAAUAUUUGCGUAGUCGAGAAUUGAAAAAAUUGAAUGACGAAUACAGAGAACCAAAGAGACAUAUUUCUCACCUACUUAAUACAUGCCGUUGUUCAUCUGAAUAUUUUUUUCGAGCAAAGGACAAAGCCCACGUCUUGUCCAUCCCUGGCUUUGUUCAACAUCCUAAUUCUUCAUUGGAUAUGACUAUUGAAUUAUCCGUAGAUAUAGAUAGAACAGUUAUCGCACUGAUUGCGUUAUUAGAAAAGACAUCUGGAUUAAUAACUAAUUGGUGGCGACCAACAAUCGUCGAACAAAUGAUCAUGAGAUAUUAUCGAUUCAUGAAACUGAAAGCUUCAUAUCCUAACGAACGUCUUGUUCCAACAUUGGACAUUGAAAUUGUUUGGCAGACUCAUUUGUUACGUCCAGAAAUGUAUCGAGGCGAUUGUCUUCGAUUAUUUCAUCGUGUCAUCGAUCAUUCGUUGUUAAUAGAUAAUAUCGAAGAAAAUCUCAAAGAACAAGCUUUUGUCAACACUUGUCGAUUGUAUGAAGAACGUUUCGGAGAACCAUAUUGUCCUUUACCAGUGAACAAAGAAGAAGAUGAAGCUCGAUCGACAUAUCGAUAUUCAUUAUUAAAUUAUAUUGAGUGUCCUAUUCCAGCGUAUUCCUAUUGGGAUGACACAUGGUUCAGAUUUACAGAUGAACUACCAAACAAUUACGAAAAUCCAUUUUCAUUCGUCGUCGAAGAUAUUAUUCUCGAUAGCCAUUGGUUUGAAUUGUACCGUACUGAUAUGUAUGGAGUGGGUUUGAAAAUUAUAGCAUAUAAUCCUCAAGAACAACAGAUUGCUUUUCGCUCGGCAAUGAAAAAACUGAGAAAAUCCUAUGAACGAUUUUUAUACAUCGCAGCUAAAUAUUCAACAAUGAAUGGAUAUGAUUUUAUACAUCCAACAUAUGCCAUCGAUAUUGCAUGGCAUUCUCAUAUGCAAGAACCAUUGAAAUAUGCAGACGAUUGUAAUCGUCUCAUUGGAUUUGUCAUGAACCAUGUUCCCUGGUUAUCGACUAAGACAACAGAUCAAAUUAUAGAAUCAUAUGAGAAGAUAAAUGAAAUUUGGAAAACAGAAUUCGAUCGGGACAUGAAAACAGAUCAUCUUGGAUGA